UAUUUUGACUGUUAAGUGUUAGCUGCCAAUUUUGACUUUGUUCUUUAGAGACAUUACACCUUAUAAAUAACACCUUACAAUUUUAGUUCAUUAAGAUCAAAUCCAACUGAUCAAAGCUUCUUCAGCAUAAUAAACCAAACAACCAUGGCAGCAAAUUCAAGUAACCAGAAACUUGCUCACAUAGCACUUAUACCAAGUGCUGGCAUGGGUCAUCUCACACCAUUUCUCAGACUUGCAGCUUUACUUGCAGCAAACAACAAUGUCAAAAUAACCUUAAUCACCCCAAAUCCAACAGUCUCCUUGUCUGAAUCAAAAGCCUUGACAAAUUUCCUCAUUUCUUACCCUCAAGUCAUUCAACAGCUUCAUCUUGCUCCUCUUGAUGACAAGUUUAUUCUCACCAAAUCAGAAGAUCCUAUCUACUUUCACAUGGAGCGCAUCUGGCAAUCUUCUCAUAUUCUUUCUCCUCUUCUCUCUUCUCUGUCGCCGCCUCUUUCUGCUGUGAUUACAGAUAUGACCUUGGCAUUUUCUGUUUCUCCAGUUGUUCAAGCUCUGCAUCUUCCUAAUUAUAUUCUCUUCACUUCAUCUGCUAAAAUGUUGUCUCUUUUUUUAUCCUUCAAUUCCAUGGUAGGCCCAGAAGCUACAAUUGAUGUAGAUGGUGGUAUGAUCAAGAUUCCAGGUCUAGAGCCAUUACCCAGAUCAUGGAUUCCUCCACCACUUUUGGGAAACACAGAUAAUCUACUUAAAACUUCUUUCAUCAACAAUGGAAAGAGAAUGGCAGAAUCAAGUGGGAUUUUAGUCAAUACAUUUGAUAGUAUUGAGCAAGAAGUACUAAACAAGUUAAAUUCUGGAGAAGUGAUAGAAAACUGGCCACCAGUUAUGGCUAUUGGGCCAUUUGCACCGUUUGAAAUUGAAAAGAAUCAAACUUUAGCAUGGUUAGAUGAGCAACAAAAUGGCUCGGUUCUUUAUGUCAGCUUUGGCAGUAGAACUGUUAUUUCUGGAGAGCAGCUGAAAGAGUUGGGUGAAGGAUUGGUGAGUAGUGGUACUAAGUUUCUAUGGAUGGUGAAGGGUAAAAAGAUUGAUAAAGAUGAUGACGAAGGGUGUUUGAGUGAAGUAAUAGGAAAUGAAUUGGAGGAAAAAUUAAAGGAUAAAGGGUUGGUAGUGAAAUCAUGGCUAAACCAAGAAUGUAUACUAAGUCAUCCUGCUAUUGGAGGUUUUAUAAGUCAUUGCGGGUGGAAUUCAGUGACUGAGGCAAUACGACACGGCGUGCCGAUUUUAGCAUGGCCACAACAUGGAGAUCAGAAAAUUAAUGCUGAUAUUGUGGAGAGGAUUGGAUUAGGAGCUUGGGAUGAAGGGUACGGAUGGGGUGGAGAGCGGGUAGUGAAUGGGGAGGAGAUUGCGGAAAAGAUUAAGGAAGUGAUGGGGAAUGAAGUGUUAAGAGCUCAGGCAACGCAUAUCAGAGAAGAGGCCAGAAGAGCUCAGGGAAAUGAUGGUAGUUCAUCAAAGGAGUUGCUCAGACUAAUCGAGAAAUGGUCGGAGAUUUGAAGUAAUGUGAAUGCUUUUGCAGGUUUAUUUAUCUGUAAUAAAUUGAAAUAAUGUCUGAAGUGACCUAUUAGUAAACAGGGAUAUGCAAAACAUAUCUACUAUUAUUAUUACAUAAAUCCAUAUGAAAUAGGUUCAAAUUCUGUUA